CGAGUACUUUUGGUAGUUUACUUCACUCUUUCAAUGAAGAAAAAAAUAAAAAACAGAGCAAGCUUUGGCAUUUAUGACGAAUUCGAGGGAAUAAAGUUGGGUCCUUUUCUGCUCGAACCGGAUCGAUUCUGCAUCCGGUUCGUUCCCCGGCGACAGUCAGCAGCCUCUCUCCACGCCAAUGAUAUACACGUUGACGAGAGUUUCGCUUCUCGGCUCGACCCGUAAGCUAAGCUAUUCUUCUUCUUCUUCUUAUCUGAGCACAGCUGCUCAAAGUUUGGGUUUUGGAAACCCUAAUUACGGAUAUCCGAUGGAACAUUCUUCACAUCACAUUGGCGGCGAUGUAAAUGGUUUUAACGGUGGGUUUCACCAGAAUUCAUAUGAGCAGAGCUUAAACCCACAAACUUGCCCUGUUUCUGGGCAGAAUCCGAAUAGGGUUUAUCAAAACUGUUCCAACGGAUACAAUCAGAAUCAGAAUAGGAGUUAUGGGGAAAGUAGUGAUAUUUUUAACCAGAGACAACAACAUUGGCAAAGUAGUUAUGGUACUGGUAAUGGUGUUCUUCUACAAGAGCAUAGUGGUCAUAGCUCGUUGGAAGAAUUGGAUACGAUUUGCAGAGAAGGGAAGGUGAAAGCUGCAGUUGAAAUCAUUAAAUCAUGGAGAAAUGAGGGUUAUUUUGUGGAUUUGCAGAGACUUUUGUGGAUAGCAGAGCUUUGUGGGGAUGCACAAGCUUUACAAGAAGCCAAAGUUGUUCAUGAGUUUAUUACUUCUUCCGUUGGGAUUUCAGAUAUCAGCGUCUACAACUUGAUAAUAGAUAUGUACUCUGGUUGUGGCUCUGUGGUAGAUGCAUUGACCGUUUUCAAUAGUAUGUUUGAGAGAAGCUUGGAAACAUGGUGUGGUAUUAUAAGGUGUUUUGCAAAGAAUGGGCUAGGGGAAGAUGCCAUUGAUAUGUUCUCUCGUUUUAAAGAAGAAGGGAACAGACCCGAUGGUGAGAUAUUCAAAGAGAUCUUCUUUGCGUGUGGUGUUGUUGGUGAUAUUAACGAGGGACUGUUGCACUUUGACUCGAUGGUCAAUGAGUUUGGAUUUGUCCCUUCUAUGGAACAUUACGUGAGUCUUGUUAACAUGUUGGCGGCACCUGGUUAUUUAGAUGAAGCCUUGAGUUUUGUUGAAUCGAUGGAACCACAUGUCGAUUUGUGGGAAGCACUAAUGAAUCUAUCAAGAGUUCAUGGGGAUGUAAUGCUUGGCGACCGGUGUCAAGAUAUGGUUGAGGAGCUUGAUGCAAGUAGGCUGAACAGAGAGUCAGAGGCGGGUCUUGUACCGGUCAAAUCAUCAGACUUAAGAAAAGAAAGAUUACAGAGAAUGGCGAAAGAGCCAAAGCUUGGAAUUGGACCUAUGGCAGCUGGAGAUAUUUCUCGUCUAGAGAACAGAGAAUAUUAUAUGGCAUUGAAGAGUUUACAUGAGCAUAUGGUAGAAAGUGGAUAUGUACCCGAGUAUAAAAUUGCAUUGCACGACGUGGACCAAGAGAGCAAAGCCGAAAACCUUUUUAAUCAUCAUGAGAGACUCGCUUUCGUCUGGAAGUUUCUCAACUCUCCUGUGCGUUCUGAAAUACGAGUCCUGAAAAAUUUGCGUUCUUGCGUUGAUUGCCAUAACGCACUGAGGUUGAUGUCGAAGAUAGUAGGGAGAGUGUUGAUUUCUCGAGAUCCAAAAAGAUAUCACCAUAUGAAAGAUGGUGUUUGCUCUUGUGGAGACUACUGGUAACAUGUUUAACACACACAGAGGACCAAAACAUAUAUAUUUGGGGUUCGUAUGGUUUUCUUGAUUAAUUUCAUUAGUAUUCUUUUGCAGAAUGUUUUAUGUUUCGCUAUUCACAAAUCAAU